CAGAAUGGCAAAAUGGUCAAACUGCCUGAUGAAUCAGCCUAUCCAUUUCCAUUUCCGUUUCCUUUGAUGGCAAUCUCUAAUUUUCUUGCCCCAUCUUCCUCCUCUCUCCAACCAGAAACACACUCACAUAUUUUCUUCUUCCUCUAUACUCGGCUUCUGUUUUAGCUCUACUUUUUCCUAUUUGCUCUUCAGUCCUUUUCAACAGUUACUAUCCUUUACUCGGGUAUACUUUUCUUUGUUUUUAAUGUCUUGUUUUUGGUUAUGAUUUGACUUAUUUUUCUCUGGAUGCUGAAGAAUUAAGUGUAUCUGAAUUUUGAAAAUUUGGUUUCGAUCAGUUUGACUACACUGCCAUUGCAAUAUUGCAGUCUUUCGUUGUGAGAUUCUGUGAAGAAAUGGAGUCUGAGAAUGCUAUUGUCUUGAAGGAUGAAGGCGUCAUCGAGAAAGUUGACCAUGAAGAAUCUGUUGCAGCGCCAACAGAAGAAGAAAAAAUUGCCGAAAAUGGUGAAGGGCCUACAAUUGCUGAAAAUGGUGAAGGGCCUACAAUUGCCAAUGAUACGACUAAGAAUAUUGUAAAUGAUGGUGCCAAAGCAAACGUUUCUGAGAGAAAAACCUCACAUUCCUUAAAGGAAUCAGCACAUACUUUUGGUGCAAAGAACAACAAAUUGGCAAAAGAUAAGCCUAAUUUGAAAAGCUCUGGUCCAUUUUCUCGUAACCAAAAGCCUUCGCUUUCUCAAAGUCUUUCGUUUCCUGCAAAAGGAAUCCGCAGUGAUAACAUGAGAAUGAGCAUUGACGGAAAAAGCAUGACCAAACAUGCUAAAGAUGAUGGUAGAAAAGGUCAGGUUAAUUCAAAUGGAUCAACCGCUUCAAUGUCACGUUUAAGUCGACCAAUCAGGCGUGCAUCCACCGGAUUGAACUCAAAGGAAACCAAUGAAAAUGGUACUAAGCCUGUUCCCAGGAGGAUUUCUGUAGCUGCCAUUCCAAGCAAACAGGCUUCCCCUGUAAAGCUGAAUCCUUUGAAUGAAUCCACCACAUCCCCUCCUGCUGAAGGUUCAGAGUCAUCUGAUCAAAAUUUAAAGCCCGAGACGACCACAUUGGCAAGCAAAGAAGAUGAUGACAUUCAUUCUACUUCAACUGCCACUCCGCGUUCACGGAGAACUAGUAGUUCUACCUUUUCCUUCAGAUUGGAAGAACGUGCAGAAAAACGGAGAGAGUUUUUCUCAAAAGUGGAAGAGAAGAUAACUGCUAAAGAAAUAGAAAAAAAUAAUCUGCAGGCAAUGUCAAAGGAGAAUCAAGAAGCCGAAAUUAAGAAACUAAGGAAGAGCUUGACAUUUAAAGCUACUCCUAUGCCAAAUUUCUAUAAAGAGCCUCCUCCAAAAGCUGAACUGAAAAAGAUACCAACCACCCGUCCAAGAUCGCCAAAGCUUGGAAGGAGCAAAACCUUAACUGCUUCAGUAAACAGCUCCAUGGAGGGUCUCGGGUCUUCUCUUAGCCCGCGAUCAUCUCAGAGUCCACGUCCUUCUUCGAUCCAAGAACCAAGCAAAUUAACCAAGGGAAUUCAAAGAAAUGCUAACAAAGACAAUGUUGCUUCAAAAACAUUGAUUAGGAAGUCUCAACCCAAGCUUCAGCCUCAGCGGAGUAAGGUCAAUGGAACCGAAGGAAAGGCGGUUAAGUCCAAACCAAAGCCUGCAGAAGCAGAGAACCACAACUCUGAAGCAUGUGUUGAAAUAGCUGAAGAAAAUCAUAUUAGUUCGGAGGUGAACCUCCCUAUAUGCGAGAAUGUCAUCGAGGUGUUGCCUGAAAAUUAUACUGCUCCGGAUGUCAACGGACCGAUGCUGAGUCCACCGAACCACUCUGAGAUUAUGCCCCAAGAGGUCACAGUUGGAGGUUGAGAACAUUUUUUUUUUAUUAUUGCUAUUAUAAUUAUAUCUAUAGAAUAUUCAUUUUCCAAAUUUCAUGUUGUGAAUAGUAUUGUUGUAUUUUUGGGGUGUGACAUUUUUCUUGGGUUGUGGAUAUAUUGUAGAAGUCAUAUACAUCAAUAUUGCAUAGGUUAAAUGUAAGCAUGUGUAUUUUUUUAUCAUUCAAUUGUAUGGCAGUAUUUGACAAUACUUUAUAGUUCAUUUAAUUAAUUUUAUUUAUUGUUUUAUAA